UUUUUUCUCUUUCUUAUAUUUUCUUUUCUUUAAUCUCAUAAGAAGAAAAGAAGUUCACAUUUGCAUUAAAAUAAGCCAAUUGUUUUUUUUUACAUCUAUUUUUGGCUUCUGAGAAAGACAGAGAGAGAGAAAGAAAGAAAAAGAGAUAAUAAAGAAAAAAAAACAUGACUACUGCCAUCCCCUUUCCUUUACGUGAUCCUCAAAUAAAGGACGACGGCAAACCCAAGCAGUUUGCUCCCAACUUGAACGUCAAGUUGAUUUGUCCCGAUUGUCGUAUUGACCCACCACAAAUUGUCGAAGAAUUCGCCUCGGGAGACUUAGUUUGUGGUGAUUGUGGUCUCGUUUUGGGUGAUCGUAUCAUUGACACGCGUUCUGAAUGGAGAACCUUUGCUAAUGAUGAAGGCGAUGAUCCUUCUCGUGUGGGUGCCGCAGCAAAUCCAUUGUUGGAUGGUAAUCAACUGGAUACUGUGAUUUCCAGAAGAGAUGGAGGCUCUGGAACUGCCAAGGACUUGAAUAAAGUACAUGGUCGAGCCACUGCUGUCAAAGGGGAACGCAAUCUUGUCCAAGCUUACAAAGAGAUCAGCGCAAUGUGUGACUCUAUUUCACUUUCAAAGAUUGUUAGCGAUACUGCCAAACAACUCUAUAAACGUGUGGAAGAUGAAAAGUUACUUCGAGGCAAAUCAAGUGAUGCUAUCAUUGCUGCUUGUAUCUUUAUUGCUUGUCGUCAAGAAAAAGUAGGCCGUACGUUCCGUGAAAUUUGUGCAUUGACUCGUGUGCCAAAGAAGGAAAUUGGCCGUUGCUAUAAAUCACUCCAAUCCAAGCUUCAAACAAACACAUCCAUCAUGAAUUCUGAAGAUUUAAUGCUUCGUUUUUGCUCCAAUUUGCAAUUACCAAAUUAUGUUCAAAAGGCUGGUAUUGAUCUCGUGAAACAUGCCAAGGAACAUGGCACACUUGCUGGCAAGUCACCUAUUUCUGUUGCUGCUGCCUGCAUUUAUCUUGUUUCUUACCUUUAUCGCCAACCUAAAUCAACACGCGAUAUUGCUCAUGUUGCUGGCGUUUCUGAAGUCACUAUUAAAAGUGCUUACAAGUCGCUUUAUGCAGAAAAGGAAAGCUUGGUUGAUAUUGAAGCUUUAAGAGCAAAGCCUAACGGUGAAAACUUGAGCUUUGAAGACCUUGCUUUACCUUAACCAAUCUAUAUACACAUAUACACAUACGAUUAUACAUAUAUACACACAUACAUAAAAAAAAGA